ACCAUUCAAAAUGGCGCUUUGCAAGGAACUUUUGAAUGAACUAUUUUGUGUGUAAAUACAGCUUAAUCUUGGCAGAUAUGUUGAAGCUUUUCGUAAUUUAUGUUACCGUUUUAUUCCUCUCCUAUUCUGGCUCCAACGAGACAGCGAAUAACGCUCUAUAUUUGAACGACUCGUUGGGAAAUGUGGGCAAAAGUAUAAAACGAGAAUGUGCAAGCUUUUUGAAGUUGUUUGCAAAUGCGACUCAGCAUUUCAACUGGUGCAUAGUGAAACACGCAAAACCUCUGCGUAUGUGCGAGAAGUGUACAGCGCAAUAUAGCACGCUGUUGAAAAGGAAUCCAGUGAACUUUAAUAGCAGUGUUUGCGUUGAUGAUUUGGUCAAGUCUGAAAGGUUUCAAGUGGUUAUGAAAGUGUAUGAUUUUCAAACUGGCCUUUGGGAAUCCGCACACUGUGGGAGUAAGUUAUUAAGGCUUGUGUAUCAUGCUUAAUUUUUGGCAUAGGGCAGAUAAAAAUGCCACCAUAGGGAAGAACUGGUCAAAUACCAAUGUCAUAUUUGAUCGGAUAUCUGAGAUUCUGGGCCAGAUAUACCCUGGUUCCAGAGGCUCUUUGCAAGGCAAAAGAAACGAAAGGCGAGAAGGAAGAGCCUCUGGUCACAUCGGUUCCAAAUUCCACUUCCACACUUGAUUAGGUUCAGAAUUUGAAUCUUGCAUGUGAUUGACCAUAAGUGUGUGCGAUGUGUCCAGAGGCUCCUUGUUCUCGCCUGUUGUUUCUUUUGCCUCGCAAAGAGCCUCUGGAACCAGAGUAGGCCAGAUAGUGAUAUAAUUGAAUGCAAGUCGUUUCACCCCAAGUCGAUUCAACUCAAGUUGUUUCGCCCCCAAGUAUUUGAUACCAAAGUCGUUUUGCCCCCAAGUCAUUUGAUAUCAAAGUCGUUUUGCUCCCAAGUCGAUUCUCCCCAAAUUGUUUCGCCCCCAAGUCAUAUUUGAUAUCAAAGUUGUUUGCUCCUUCGCUCAGCGGCUUCGCUCGUGUUCUAACGUCCGCCAUGUAAAGUGUAGUGAAAUGUAUCUCAAUACUAAUUGUAUAAGUCAUAGCCAGCUAAAGCCUCUGCGUACGGCAUUCCAUCACCGCCAAAAAUCAAUGUCUAAUCAACAACCAAUGUUGCUACUCAACAGUCAAUAUUGGGCACAGGGGUGGAAAAAGUAACGGAACCUGGGAACGUAGUUCCCAGAAAUUUUUUUGAGUUGAGAGUUUUGCAGAAAAUUUUCCAGAAAAUAUUUCAACAUUUUGAGAUAACUCUGUUUACUCAACUUACAAGUUACAACUAUUCUACUUUAUUUACACUGUACAUGCUAACAUCAGCAGCCUUUUAAAUAUUUGACAGAAAUUAAUUCUUUUACCCACCCCUGCCAUCACAAUGUGGUAAAAUGGUAAAUAUAUGCUCUGCAAAGUCUCCAAUAAAAUGCAAAUUAGAUAGUAAACAAAUAAAAGUGAUGGAUUAAAUAAGAUGAUGGGACACUUAGUUAAGUGUUAGAUCCUUACUAGUUGGUCAUAACUCAUAACUGUGGUAUAUAACAGACAACUAUUGCGAUGUACGAGCAUACGAAAACCAGCCUAAAGCCUAUUAUUACUAAAGUACAAAUAAUACAAUAAUUAUGCAUUUGUUUUGUUAUUUUUGUAAUUGUAACAUUGCAAAUUUUACAGAAAAUUUCUAGCCUUAGACCCAGGUUCCCAGAAAGAAAAAAAAAUUUUCCACCCCUGAAUUUGGGCAACAACUUUCAAAUCCACUCUUCCACUCUUCAACAGCACACUUUGCAACUAUUGUAAUUUCAGAAAUCAACAUCUAACUUUAAAGCAGGCAACAAUGGAUAUUGAAAAACUUCAACCACGACAAAUUUCUGUUCUUUGCAAAAAAAGUCAUUCGUGUUCACAAUGCAAAUUGCAAUGAAAAAUUUAAACUUUACCAUAUAUCACCAGAGAAGAUUUCGAUAUACACAGUCUCGGAAGAGUUAGAAGAAGUGAAAUACUUCCCUAACAUUUUGCAUCAUUUAUAUUGUCUGUUUCAUGCCAUACAUGUUCAAAGGAUGAGUCAUUAUCAUACCGGUUUGAAUCAUUAUUCUGUUUACAGGGAACCGUUUGGUUCACCUAUUGUAAAAAACUGGUCACUGCAAAGGGAAUUGUUUUGUUCCCCUAUUUAAUCAUCGCAUUGAUCAAGUGCAUUUGAUCGAUUGUAGAAAGCAAAACACAUAGCCCUUGUUCUUUGCAUGCGUUUUUAUAUAUUUUGCAAAAAAUGUUUAUCCCCUUAUCUGUUAAGAUUUUGGGGGGCGAAACCUUUGAUUGCACCCUAAUGCACAUUUUAUCAUUUUACCCUCAGACUAACACCAGACAACUUUACUUGUCAAAUAGAGAGUGCUGCUGCUCAACGGGUUAAUCAGAUUUUCUGACCAUGUGUCCAGUUAACCCACUGACUUGCAUUGUCCUCUAAUGCGCUUUACUUUGUCAUUUUACCUUGUCUAAUGCCAGACAAUUUUACUCAUCAAGGCAAGAGCGAUUUUAAGGCACUCAAUGGGUUUUAAACAUGUACAUUUAUUAACCUUUUGCUUUCUUAUAUGCUUGUAAAGUAAUAAAUUAAUAUUCUCGGAUGGCCUGUUUCACAGUACCAGCAUACACUGUAGGUAACUGCACAAAACACCAGAGAACUGUACAGUGAAUGGGUAGGGAUUCAAGUAGUGGAAAAGUACGAGGAAAACUUCAACAUUUCGAACGAAAACCCUUUGAAGGCCUUUUGGCCAGGGUGUGAAAUUUAAAUUUUUUCUCGAUAUCCAAGCGGGAAACCACGAUUCAAAAUUUUGUAUCCCUCUGAGCCAGGCUGCAGAGUAUGGCGCGUUUUUCGAUGAGUGGUGUUCCGGUGUGCAGGAACAUAUUUCUGAUGCGCUGGUGUGCAAGCAAAAUAUUUCUGGUGCACUGGUGUGCAAUUAAGAUUUAAGCGCAAUGUAGACUACACAGUAUUUAUUGUUACAAGUUUUUUAAAUCGGUUAGGAAGACUGUUUGGACUGAUUUAUUGUUCAUGUAUGAUUUAAGACAAUUUAAUUUUACAUGUCUAUGAAUUUUUACGUUACUGAUUUGGCACCAUAAACAAAAUAAUGUUGGAUCUUAAAAACUAUUAUAUGUGGGGGGCGUAAAGGUAUGGAAUGAAAUUGAUGAUGAAAUGAAGAAACUUAACAUAUCAAAAUUCAAAGCUGAAGUUAAGAAAUUCCUACUGCAAAAAUACAAGGAAUGAUUGGCAAAACUAACAAAACAAAAUUAAAAAUACAAAUUAAUAAUUACAUGCAAUUAUAUUUGAACAAGAUUUUUUUUUCUCUCUCCUCCUUUCGUUUUUUCUCUUUUUUUGAAUAGUUAUAAGCAAGGUACUAGUAAUAGUGAAUUACUUAUUUAUAUAUGAACAAUUUUUGACCUUCAAGUUAGACUUCUGUGCUUUAAUUAAAAUUAAUUGGAAAUGGAAAUAUAUUAUUUAUUUGGUACUGUAGUAAGUGUUAUCCAAAUUAAGUGCACGAAAUGUUUUUGCAACAACGCCUCUGAAUAUACCUCUGAAAUAUAGGUAAAUAACAUCAAAGAUAAGUGGAUAACUGUCGCUGCUAAUCACAUUCUUAUAUAUGUAUUUUAGAAUGCUAUGAAACUCGUUGGAAUCUGACUUAUCACACGCAAGAGUUCUUUCAUCGACUCAACAGAGUUCAAUCUUGUUUUAAAAAUUAUACUACAAUACAUCCG